AGAGUCUGAUUGUGGCUCCGCGGAGCAGGAAUUUAUAGACUCCAUUAAUAGAAGCCACGGCUCUGACGAGAUGAGCCUGCCCUGCUGGAGUCGGGGGGGCCUCCCGUGGCCCUGGGACACCCCCCCCGCGGUCUGUCACGAGAGCCGCGGUCCCGGCCUCCGACCGCUUGCGGCCUUCCCAGGGACGGGCCACAGGCGGCCCCUGGAGCCGGGGCGCCCAGAAGUAAGCUCCCCUCCCCUCUCUUCUCUCCCCAGGUCUGACUCGGACUUUGCAGCCUUCAGAACCACGAGGACUCUGCCGGUCUCCAGCGCACACAGAGGAUGGCCCGGGCCCUGUUCCUGCCCGCGGAGAGUCUCUGCUCUGACCGGCUGGCCUGAGGAGCCGGGAUGCGCGGGGGCGCAGGCCUCCCCAGCCAUGUCGCUGCCCUGGGCCUCCGCGGCACCCCGUCUCCCCCCCGGCGCUGGCCCCGGGGCUCUCGGCAGCGGCUAAGCUCCUCCGGGCCGGCCCCUCAGAGAUGCUCGGCGCCUUCAGGGGGACAGUAGAACUCCGCUCUGGUUUUGGACUAUGACGACCUAUCGACCCAUUCAGAAUGACGGCGUGGACGUGGGCGGGGGCAAAGGCGGCGACCCUCUCCCGGGCCCCCACGGGGGGGAUUAUUUCCCUUCCGGAUUUUGGGCGCAGAACGGCAGCUCCCCGCAGCCCGGCGCCGGUGAGAACGCAGCAGCGUUGCGCUCCAGCGCCCCCACCCCCGCCGUGCCCAAGAUGGGCGUGCGGGCCAGGGUGGCUGACUGGCCGCCAAAGCGAGAGGCUCUGAAGGACCAGGCUAACGCCAGCCCCUCCCAGGACGCGGACGCCGCCAAAGCCGGGCGAGAGGGCCUGCGGCCGCGGCCCAACCAGAACGGCCAGCCCCUCCCCGGCGGCGCCCGGGCGGCGGGCGCGCGCGCUUACCGCUUGUCGCGCAGGAGGUCCAAGGACGUGGAGUUCCAGGAAGGGUGGCCGCGCUCCCCGGGCCGGGGGUUCGUCCCUCUGCGGAACCGCAGCAACAGCGAGAUCACGCUCAGUGAGUGCGACGCCGAAGAGCCCGCGGAGGCGAGGGGGUCCCGCCACGCGGGGGGGCUGCCCCUUUUCCGGGAGUACGGCAGCACGUCAUCCAUCGACGUGCAGGGCAUCUCGGAGCAGAGCUUCUUCGACAUCCUCAACGAGUUCCGCAACGAGAAGCCGGACCCCCGAGGGACGGGCUCCGAGAAGCUGGACGAGCUGCUGGCGGCCGACGUGGGCGGGGCCCCGCACCUGCGCCUGCCCGGCGGCCCCAAGGCGGCCGUGCGCAACGGCCAGGCCCACAAGGACGACCUCCUGCUGCAGCCCAAGGAGAAGGACAAGCUCCGGAAGAAGGCCGCCAAGGCUGGGGACGCGGGCGACUCCUCCAUCUUCCGGAAGCUGAGGAGCGCGCGGGGCGACGGCGAGCCGCCGGGGAAGGCGGGCGCCGAGGCCGACGAGGCCGGGCCCGGGGGCAGGCUCCAGGAGGGCGGCAGGCCCUGGAUCUGCCAGAAGAGCUUCGCCCACUUUGACGUGCAGAGCAUGCUGUUUGACCUGAAUCAGGUCGCCGCCAACAGGCUGUCGUCGGCGGCCCAGCGGCGGAACACGACGACGGGAGCCUCGGCGGCGUCGGCGGGCUCGGCGGCCAGGGCCUACGGCCUGGGGGGCCCGGACCCCUCCUUCCCCAGCACGGAGGACUUGAACUACAAGGAGAACCUGGAGCAGGACCUGGGGGACAGCAACAGCAACGAGCUGCUCCUCAGCUGCCCGCACUUCCGCAACGAGAUCGGGGGCAUGAGCGAGCGCAACGUCAGCUUCUCCCGCGCCUCUGCCGGCUCGCCGGGGGGCGGGGGCGCGCCGGAGCCCGCGCUGGGCACCUACUGCACCAACGCCAGCAUCUCCGUGCUCGAGGUGCCCAGGGAGGCGCAGCGGGGCCAGGCCAGGCUGAAGCUCUACAACAUCGAGCACGUGGACCUGGGGGCGCGCUACUACCAGGACUACUUUGUCGGCAAAGAGCACGUCAACUACUUCGGCGUGGACGAGAAGCUGGGGCCCGUCGCGGUGAGCAUCAAGCGGGAGAAGCUGGAGGACCACAAGGACCACGGCCCGCAGUAUCAGUACCGCCUCAUCUUCCGGACGAGCGAGCUUGUGACUCUCCGGGGCUCCAUCCUGGAGGACGCCACCCCGACGGCCACCAAGCACGGGACGGGACGGGGCCUGCCCUUGAAGGACGCGCUGGAGUAUGUCAUUCCCGAGCUCAACAUCCACUGCCUGCGCCUGGCCAUGAACACUCCCAAAGUGACCGAGCAGCUGCUGAUGCUUGAUGAGCAGGGGCUGUGCCGGAAGCACAAGGUCGGCAUCCUGUACUGUAAGGCAGGCCAGAGCUCCGAGGAGGAGAUGUACAACAACGAGGAGGCCGGCCCGGCCUUCGAGGAGUUCCUCUCGGUGCUGGGGGACAAGGUCUGCCUCAAGGGCUUCAACCGCUACGCUGCACAGCUGGACGUCAAAACCGACUCCACUGGGACGCACUCUUUGUACACAACUUACCAGGAGUACGAGCUCAUGUUCCACGUCUCCACCAUGCUUCCCUACACCCCCAACAAUCGGCAGCAGUUAUUAAGGAAGAGACACAUAGGAAAUGACAUUGUGACCAUCAUCUUCCAAGAGCCUGGAGCCCUGCCCUUCACCCCCCAGAAUAUCCGUUCACAUUUCCAGCACGUCUUUAUCAUUGUCCGGGUUCACAACCCUUGCACUGAUGCUGUUUGUUACAGCGUGGCUGUGAGUCGAUCCAAAGAUGCCCCUCCCUUUGGGCCUCCUAUCCCGAACGGAGUCACAUUCCGCAAAUCGGACGUCUUCCGAGACUUCUUACUGGCGAAAGUGAUCAACGCCGAGCACGCCGCCCACAAGUCGGACAAGUUCCACACCAUGGCCACUCGGACGAGGCAGGAGUACCUCAAGGACCUGGCCGAAAACUGUGUGACCAACACUCCCAUUGACUCCACGGGGAAAUUCAACUUGAUCUCCCUCACCUCCAAGAAGAAGGAGAAGACCAAGGCUCGGGCGGGCGCCGAGCAGCACAGCACGGGGGCCAUCGCCUGGAGGGUGGCCGCCCAGGACUUUGCACAAGGGGUGGAGAUCGAGUGUAUUUUGGGGAUUUCCAAUGAGUUUAUCGUCCUCCUGGAUCUACGCACCAAGGAGGUGGUUUUUAACUGCUUUUGUGGGGACGUCAUUGGCUGGACCCCAGACUCCUCCACACUCAAGAUCUUCUAUGGGCGAGGGGACCACAUCUCCAUACGUGCCUCAGAAGGGUCCCCCGAGGACAUUAGGGAGAUUGUGCAGAGACUCAAGGUAAUGACCAGUGGCUGUGAAACUGUGGACAUGACCCUGCGGAGGAACGGGCUGGGCCAGCUGGGCUUCCACGUCAAGUACGACGGCACCGUGGCCGAGGUGGAGGACUACGGCUUCGCCUGGCAGGCGGGCCUCCGGCAGGGCAGCCGGCUGGUGGAGAUCUGCAAGGUGGCCGUGGUCACCCUGACGCACGACCAGAUGAUCGACCUGCUGCGGACCUCAGUCACUGUGAAGGUGGUCAUCAUCCCCCCCUUGGAGGACGGGACUCCUCGGAGGGGCUGGCCGGAGACCUGUGACAUGAAUACCUCGGAGCCGAAGGCAGAGCCGGAGAGCGCGGCGGCCCGGCCCCCGUAUCGAAGCAGCUCUUCCUGGCAGUGGAGUGGGCCCGCUUCCCACAACUCCCUGCAGGCUUCCAAAUGGGCGGCCCCCGGGACCACCGGCCAUGCCCAGUCGCUCAGCCGGCCGCCAAAGCCCACGCCCGGGGUCCCUUACCGGGAGGCCCAGCCGCUGCACAGCAAACGGCCCGUCAGCUUUCCAGAAACCCCCUACGCAGCCUCACCAGCGGGGGUGGACAGAGUCCAGCCUUAUCGACAACCCUCGGGGAGUUUUUCCACUCCAGGCUCGGGGGGCGCCUCCUACGCACGCUACAAGCCAUCCCCGGAGAGGUAUGCGGCCUCCCAGCAUCCUCUGCUGCCGCUCGAGCCCCACUACGGCCUCGAAGGGCUCUCCAGCGGCGACUCCUCCUCGGGGGGCCUGACCAGCCAGGAGAGCACCAUGGAGAGACCAAAGCCAGAGCCCCUGUGGCACGUGCCGUCGCAGUCCCGCCUCUCGGCCAUGGGCGCCAACAGCGGGAGCAGACACCUGGGCCGACAGGACGCGGCAGGCAAAGACUCCCCCAACCGGCAUUCCAGAGCCGAGCCUCAGUACUCCAGCCAUUCCAGCAGCAACACGCUGUCCAGCAACGCCUCCAGCAGCCACAGCGACGAGCGGUGGUUCGACGGCCUGGACGCCCUGGAGGCCGAGCAGGACCCCCUCUCCAAGGGCGGCUCCAGCGACAGCGGCAUCGAGACCACCGUGUGCGCCGCCAGCCCCGGCGGCCUCCCCCCGGCCAAGGCGGCGCGGCCCCCCAAGCUGCAGAAGCCCGCCUACGGGGGCCCCGGGGACAGGAGCCUGUACCACCCGGACAAGCGGCGGGAGGGCGCCGGCGGCCAGGGCAAGGGCUACCGGCCCAAGCUCUACUCGGCCAGCUCGGGCUCGGCGGCGGGGGGCCCCGGGAGCGCCCACGACCUGCUGAAGCAGCCCAGUCACGUGAGCUCCCGAGCCGCCUACCCUGCUCAGGUUUACAGAGCGGCCGCGUCGGAGCCAGCCCGGGCCCCUGCGCCGGCCCAGCCCAGCCCCUUCCAGCUGUCCGCCUCGGUGCCCAAGUCCUUCUUCUCCAAGCAGCCCGUGCGCAACAAGUACCCCACGGGAUGGAAGCGAGCGGAGGAGCCCGCCCCGCGGCCUCUGGCCUUCUCCGACCCUAAGAAGCAAAUCGACAUGAGCACAAAGAAUGUCUUUGGGCAGCCCAGGCUGAGGGCGUCCCUGCGGGAUCUCCGCUCGCCCCGGAAGAACUACAAGUCGACCAUUGAGGAUGACCUCAAGAAGCUCAUCAUCAUGGACCCUUUGACCCCAGAGCAGGAGCGGGAUUCUUCGUCCCCCCAGAAGGCGCUGCAGAGGACGCUGUCCGACGAGAGUUUAUGCAGCGGGCGGCGAGAGGCCUCGUACUCGAGCCCGGCCUGCUUCGAGCCCGGCCUGCCCAGCGACGUGCUCUUCACGAGCACCUAUCCCUCGAGCACCCUGCCCUCCCGCCGACAGCACCAGCACCUGCACCCGCACCCGGCGGGGGGCAACGGCUUCCCGAGAAGAAAUUCCACCAUCUCUGCCUCGGAGCUCUCUUUGACUGACGUGCGGGACCGGCCAAUGAGGCGCCUGGACCCUGGGAUGAUGCCCCUCCCUGACACUGCUGCUGGCCUCGAGUGGUCCAGUCUGGUCAAUGCUGCCAAGGCUUAUGAAGUGCAGCGAGCCGUCUCUCUCUUCUCUCUCAAUGACCCGGCCCUGAGCCCCGGCCUUGCACCAGCACACAGCCCGGUCCACUCGAGCCUGGAGAGGACGCCCACCACCCCCCGCACGACCCCCACCAUGAGCGAGGAGCCCCCCGUGGACCUUCCUGGGAAGGUGUACCAGCUGGAGGUGAUGCUGAGGCAGCUGCACAGCGACCUGCAGAAGGAGAAACAGGACAAGGUGGUCCUGCAGUCGGAGGUGGCCACCCUGAGGCAGAACAACCAGCGGCUGCAGGAGGAGUCCCAGGCCGCCAACGAGCAGCUGCGGAGGUUUGCCGAGAUCUUCUCCAGCACCGUGGAGAAGAAGGAGCCCUGAGGGGGCUGCGGGGCGUCCCCUCGCCCUCCCUGCUGAACUAGGUGCUGAGAGUCCCCGCCGAGCCCCUGCCCCCGUGUGUCCCGCGUCUGCGCCGCCUCCGCCCCUUCCCCUCGGGCCGCACAGGGGGCCGGGCUGGGCGGGGGCUCUGGGAGUCACAGGGUCGAGGACGUGAAGAGCCCCCCACAGGACCCUGGGCAGAAUCCCCACAUUAGUGACCAGUCUUCCUCACUCAGAAACCUUGAACCCCCCGGCAGCCCUCGGUUCCCUGAGGUCCAAUGCAAUACAGAAAACCUUUGGACCCGCCGGGAGGGCGGGGUAGGGGGGCGCACCUCCCCCCUCCCCCAAUCAAGUUUCCGGAAAAAACCUCGGAGCACUUUUUUCCAAGCGAAAGUACUUUCUAGUAAACCCAAGAUGGAGAAAUCCCAAUGUUCAGAGUGUAAAUGUUCUUUAUUGAGAGAGAAACACUAUAUUUGUAUAAAUAGGACAGUUUGUAAUCUUUUUUACUACGAGACCCGGCUGGCCGCUCGGGGCGCCCGCGGCCCUGGAGCCAAAGGGCAGAGGUGGGGCUGCUGGUGGGUUCCCCUCCCCCCAGGGCCCGCUCAGCACUGACACCAGACUACUGAAUGCAGACGGGGCCUCGGGGGUCCCGGGGGUCCCGGGGCCCGGCCUUCAUCUUCCCGACCGCGGCGUCGAAGCCACUCGCCUCUUCCCUUGCCAAGGAGGGGGCCGGGGGGCUCGGAAGGAGUUUUCUGGCCUCUUUUCCCUUUGAGAAUCCCCGGGCUCGGGGGACCCUCUGGGCUUCAGGCCUGCCGGGCUAGGACACACACUGUGGAGCAAGCACCCCCCGGGCCCGCAGCCUCUCUAAGGCAAUAAGGAGGAGGGCCCGCGGCUGCGCGUGGUACUGUGCCGGAGCUUAGGAAAAGAGCAGCUGUCAUUUUCUUUAGGAAAAAAAGUAUAACUAUAAUAUAUAUUUAUUUUUUCAUGCAAAGCCACCCCAGAACAAUGCUAAUCCUCUGUGGGGCCGUUUCCAGGACACGUUCUGCCCACAGGCCCCCACUCCCGCCCCAGCUGGGCCCCGGAGGCUGGGGGGCGGACUUGGGAGCAGAGGAGGCUCCUCAUAUCUUCACGGCCCAGGUCAGAGAGACCCCCCGGGGUGGGGGCCCGAGCCGCGGCUCUCCUUGGGUCUGUUCUCCAAAGAAUCACCCGGGCCUCUUCUAGAAAUAAGGGGGGGAAGCAGGUCCCGGGGCCUCUCCGCCGACAGGUCAGGGUGCCGGAGAGGAAACCCCGGACCCCAAAGCCGCCAACACUUGUCUCCUUUACGGGGACUCUCUCUGGUGCAGGGGAAGGGGAAGGGGUCUUAACUACAUCUUCCUCUGUAAUCUCGAACUAGCUCAGUCCUGACUGGAUGAGAUGGGAAAAUGGAUCCAUAAAUCUGCCAGCUUCCCCUCCCCCUGCCCUCGCCCCUGACGAGGGGGCCAGAGCCGCCCUGGCCCCCACCCCACCCCCUCCCCGCCCCGCACCGGAGCUCAUUCCAGCCCUCGUGGGGCGCGAUGUCAGUGGCGUUGGUCGCCUCGCGAGGAUCUCUACAGACCAAAUCUUAUUUAAUUUGGCCCAGGCCCCCUUCCCUACGGUUGACAGCAGCACCUUCUCCUACGUCGACUGGUCUUUGUUUGGGUUUUUUAUUUUGGGGGUGGGGGAGGGUCCGUUCUUUUUUUGUCAUUGUUUCCCCUUGAGAUUUCCCCUCGAGAUUAGGGGUCUUGUUUCUGGAGGUUUCAGAGGAAAUAAAUGUUUCAUAGAAA